UAUGAUAAUCUGGUUAUGAUUUUUCUCACGCGUCUUCGACCUACUUAGUUACCUGUAUUUUCACUCUGAAAUCGAUUAUUAUAUUCAAAGCAAGUUUUCUCUCCAACGGUGGGUAGUAGUUAUUGGCAUCAUGGUGAUGAUCAUUGAGUGCAUGGUGCUGAUUUACACCAAUGCCAGGAAAGCCUUAGCGAUAAAUCACUAAUGGUGCUUUCUCCACUAUUGAACAGCUAGUAAUCAGUCGGUUACGUGUAAAUCGAGUCAGUCACUCCUUGAAGUUUCCUGCGUUCGUGGUUACCGGUCCUCGUGAUCAUUAUCAAAAGUGUAAUUGUCUUGAAAUUCACGUAAAACGAAGAGUAACGAAAGCGAAAUAAAGUACGGUACUUUACAUAAAAUUCGAGCAGUUGAUCCACGUGAAAUUACAAUUUCAUUGAAUCAUCAUUAGUCACAAGUAAAUAAUGAUUACUGAUGGGUGAACUAGACUUGCUUAACCUCCUAGCAACCUCGGUGCCUUCUGAAGUACGUUGAAUAUUUUUUUUCUUCACAAAUUUGACUGUCUGCAAGGUAGAGUUUCGAAUAAUAAAUUAUCAUUGUUUUGGAGCCAGAUGGAAGCUGGGGGUUAAAUAUUUAGUGAAGAAAGUGCGUGUUUUAGUUCUGGACUUACAGCACAACGACGGCGUCUCCGGCAAUACGCCAAUUUCUGGUUACGCCGCUUCGAUGUGUGUAAUUAAAAAUUUGUCAGGAUAAUCUGCAUACUGUUUUGAAAGAACAUAAAUUAUUCGGGAGUGACAAAAGUGCUUGUGAUUAAUCAACACUUUCAGGUUGAUAGAUACUAUAAUUAAAAAAAAAAUUUUUUCUAAUAUUAUUCGAACGCUCAGUUUUCAUAUAAAAAAACUUUUUUUAAUUGAUUAAUUACGAUAAAAGUAUUUUCGAUACACUGUCACGUGUCUUUGUUGAUCUAUUUCUAUCAAUAAACGUGACGGAGGAUCAAAUAUUUUUUGGCCCGAAAAAAGUUAUUUGAAUUUCGUUAUACAACUCGAAGCGAUUCUUCAGUAUGUUCACGUAACUGGUGCUCUUUUUGUUGCCUGAAUGACAGACGACAGUAAAAAAAAAUUAUUCAUCCAAUACAAAUGAACAGGUUAUUGGGACAGAUUUACCUUUUACGCUUGAUCAACUUAUUUCCCUGAACUUUCUCGACGGUCUGUUUAACGUACUGGGUGAUAGUACCAAGUGCUCGUGCUUGCUUAUCGAGUGCAUCUUGAAAGAUACACAUGAGUAGAGUCUUUUAUUUUCGAGAAAUGUGAUGGCGAGGAAACGAAGAAACGUCCCUGGAGACGUCGGUGUUGUCGGGGACAGCAGCAGCUGGGUUUACAAAUGGACACAAACUGGAUCAGGAUCAGGGAGUACGUUUUUCCACUCCCAAGAUCAUUCACGUGACGAUUCGAUUUAUCGGUACCAUAGAGACUUUUUGGAAACACAGAGACAACGGUCGAAGAAUGCUCGCAAUAAAAAUCGUAUGGCCAACGUCAUACCGUGGCUGGUGUCGAUGUCGCUGCUGGGUGGGACGCGACAAUACGUACAGCACACCGGCCCUGACUUAUUAUCCAGAGAGCUGCAGGCGCCAUUGCCCUCAAUCGAUCCCACCGGAUAUUCUCUGGACGUUCCCAGACACUUUCCACCGUGCGAUCCCUCGUCACCGGAAACUACAGCACAUCGAAAACCAACGGAACACCAGGACUUCGCGUAUACUGAAUUCAAUUCGAAGAACACUCCGAUCUCUGGCAGAGCUCUCGAUUCAUUUACAAAUGCUGUAGAUCCUAAUUCGGUUCGGCAAAUAUCCAAUGCGAAUUUGGGUAAUGUGGACUUGACGAAAGAGGCAUACAAGACCAGUCAUAAAUAUACGCCUCCGAAAAACGAGGAUUCUAUGGAUGAAUAUGCUGGUCCGUCAAUGGAAUUGGUCUUCUCUUGGGACAUGGUGGACUUUGAAUUCGGUAGUAAAGAAGCACGUCGAAGAGCCAUCUUCGAGGGGGAAUAUAUUCCUGAAAAUUGUCUUCCUCUGGGUUUGGAGUUAUGGCGGGACAAAGUCUUCGUGACCUUACCCAGGUGGAAGGAAGGCAUACCCGUCACGUUGGCAACGGUGUCCAAGAAUGCAAGAAGUAUAAAUCCAAAGCUUCAACCGUAUCCCUCUUGGGACUGGCAUCAGUCAGAACACUGCAAAGGACUCACUUCGGUCUUCCGUGUUCAGGUCGAUGAAUGUGACCGACUCUGGGUCCUAGACUCUGGUCAGGUUAACGUCACUAGUAGCCCUCAUCAAAUAUGUCCACCCCAGGUCUUCGUAUUCGAUCUGAAGACGGAUACCCUACUGCGACGUUUCGCUCUUCCACCGGGACAGAUAAAGCAGGACUCUCUUUAUUCAAACAUAGUAGUCGACGUGCGCAAUGGCAACUGCGGCGCUGCCGUCGCUUACCUGUCCGACGUCUGGAGAUUUGGUCUGGUCGCUUAUGACUACUCGAAGGAUACGUCCUUUAGGAUUCAACAUCACUUCUUCUUCCCGGAUCCUCUGUCAUCUCGUUAUGAGCUCCAUGGACUCCAUUUUCAAUGGACAGAUGGAAUAUUCGGAAUAGCCCUCAGUCCAAUUGAUAUCAAUGGCGACAGGACAUUGUUCUUCCAUCCCAUGUCCAGUUUCCGGGAAUUUGCCGUAUCCACCUCGGUCCUCAGGGAUGAGAAGACUGCUGAUGAUAAUCCGGAGAAAUUUGUGCCAAUUGGCAGACCUCGCGCUAAGGACUUUGGACACAGCUCCGGAUCUGCCAUUGAUAAGGAUGGUGUUAUGUUCUUUAAUAUGGUCACCAGGGAUUCGGUGUGGUGCUGGGAUACAAGGAAGGAAUAUAUACCGCAGAAUUUGGGGGUGGUCGGGCAAAGCAAUGUCUCAUUGGUCUUCCCUAAUGAUAUUAAGGUCGAUCAUGAGGAUGAUCCAAGCGUUUGGAUAUUAUCUAAUAGAUUACCUAUGUAUCUAUAUGGCCAUCUUGACUCGAGGAAUGUUAAUUAUAGGAUCUUCAAAGCUAAUAUUAAGGAAGCUAUCAGGAACACUGUAUGUGAUCCUAAUUACGUUGUGCCUAAAUCCGAACAGGGUUAUGAUAAUGAUACGUGUUAAGAUACUUUUUUUUUAGAUUGGUACUACCAUGUCUUUUGUAUAUAAUCAUUUUAAUUAUGUGUGACUCCUUGAAAUAAAAGGACAAUUUUUUUUACGAGUA